ACUGAUUGUGUCCAGCUGAUAAGUUAUCUCCACAUUCUCUUAUACAACAUGGCUUCCGUCAGACUGAUUGUUUUUCUGUUUGGACUAUCGAUUUCCACGGCAACUGACCUAUGUGUCAGUCAGUAUGGAGGAUCCUGUGUGAAUAAAUACUUUAACCAUUGUAUGUCCGGCCACUACUACUCGACCACAGGAUGUAGUGGAAACGAAGAGGUCUGUUGUAUACCACCGAAUCGUGUACCGUCACAGACCAUACAGCCAGGCCAGUGUGGCGUACAGACAAACGGAGGGUCGAACAGGAUUGUGGGUGGAACCCCGGCCGCUGUAGGGGAAUUUCCCUGGCAGGUGUCUAUGCAGUCACAUGGCCAGCACGUGUGCGGAGGGAUAUUAAUAGCUGACCAAUGGGUGCUCACGGCGGCUCACUGCUUCCGCGAAAACAAGAAUCCCUUUGCCUGGACAGUUGUGCUUGGUGAACAUGACCGAGCGUUCCUGGAAGGUUAUGAAAAACUGGAAAAGGUUGAAACACUUUUCAUUCACUCCCAGUUUGACGAAACAUCAUUUGCAAACGAUAUUGCCAUUGUGAAACUAGGAGACAGAGUUAAUAUCGACGGACAAUACGUCCGAUCUGUCUGUCUACCCGGAAUGAACGACACCUACGACAAUAUGAUCUGUACCAUUACUGGAUGGGGCGCGGCAUUUACUGGCGGCCACGGUACGCAUGCGCUAUACAAAGCAGACCUUCCGCUGAUUUCCAACCAGGUAUGCAGUUAUCUGAUGGACCGGACAAUCCCUAACACGGAGAUAUGUGCCGGACAGAAACAUGGCGGGGUGGACAGUUGUCAGGGUGAUUCUGGAGGACCACUGGUUUGUCUACAGAACGGGAAAUGGAACGUGGUUGGUAUUGUGUCCUGGGGUUACUCGUGUGCUCAAGCUUACACUCCCGGAGUUUACACCCGUGUCCAGUCAUACCUCACGUGGAUCUACCAAGUCAUGACGUCAUACGGUGCCACUUCGGUACUUGGGUGAACCAUUUGUCAUUAUGUCUGUAAAUUCCAUUUAAUAAAUUAAGAUUUUGUGAGC